AUGAGGGAAUUACGUUCGGGACAGGAGAAGCGUAAGGCUCGUGUGGAUAUUACGUUUUACUGUAGAACCAAAAGGCUCCUCACAGUACAGGCAGCGAACAUAAGGUCCGGUGGCAAAUUUAAACUCAAGGAAAUAAGGUCGCACAGGCAGACUAAUUGCCGAAGACCCAACUGCGUCAAUGGCCAUAAAUCGUUCUGGUGCAACUGGGUUAAGAAUAAGGAAAAAUGCAGCGAGGAACCAAGAGAAACCAAGCGACCGUUCCCUGGGGUGAGUUGCCUGCAUUGCUGCGCAGGGAAAUACGCGUGUAGUCAGGCAGCAGCUGGAAGGGUGAUGAUGAGUUUCCUCGGUGACGGCAUGCCUUCGGCCCCAUUCACGGGUAAAGAAAUAGUCGGCACGGGAGUCCGCGUCAAAGAAGAGCUCAGCGAAGAUGUCACCGAAGAUACAUGCCUGGAAAUAAAGGAGGAACCACUUGAUUAUGGAGAUGAACCGAGAAAUGAAGUGUGUAACAAGAAUGUAAUACGUGAAAAUCUUCUCCUUCAUAAUCCUCUUGAUCUCAGAUAUGAAUCAUAUGCAAAAUACUCAUGUAACUUGGUUCAGGAUGGUAAUGCUAUGUCAAAAGUGCCCUUUGGGGUUAAGGACUGUGGGAAGACGUGUUCAUCAGAUGAGGUUCAAGUGAUGUAUGAGGAAAGACUGAAGGAGGAUACACAACUAAAAUUGGAAUCCACAAGGAAAUGUUUUGCAUGUCAGGUGUGUGGCAAGGAAUUGUCUAAAGAGAGUCACAUCAGGAUUCACAUGAGAGUCCACACAAAGGAGAAGCCAUACAACUUUGAUAUUUGCAAUAAGACAUUCCCAUCCAAAAGUGAUCUUGAAAGGCACGAGAGCUGCGAGAUUUGCAACAAUACAUUCUCAUGGAAAAAGAAUCUGUUGAGGCACAUGAGAACACAUACAAAGGAGAAGCCAUACAGCUGUGAGAUUUGCAAUAAGGCCUUCUCUGAGAGAGGUAACCUAGUAGCGCACAUUAGAGUACACACCAAGGAGAAACCAUACUGCUGUGAGAUUUGCAACAAGGCCUUCUCAUAUAAAGGUAGUCUAGAGAUUCAUAUGAGAAGGCAUAGAAAGGAGAAGACAUACAGCUGUGAAAUUUGCAAUAAGGCCUUCUAUUUGAAAAGCCAUGUAGUAACCCACAUGAGAACUAACACAAGGCACAGAGACGAAAGCAUGAUGUCAAAAGGCUUAUUGCUUAUGUAUUUCUAA